AUGUUCAACAGUCCAGUCAUCUACUCCAGCGAGCCUCGCCCGGCGACUGCAGAACAAGGCCCAUCAACGUUCCCAUCUAGUUGGAUCGGGUUCGGUGCCAUUCAGUCCGCACAAAUGCUAGCGGCGCCCUCAUUUCCCAUAUUCACCCCGGAGGUUGCUAGGGAAUCUCGUCUCAGAUUCACUAAGGCGUCUCGAUCAAAGACGGUUUCCACCAGUACCUCAUCGGCCGCACUAUCAAGGCCUCCCAAAGCUGCCCGAAACAAAACAAAGGCUCGACAUACCCCAAUCUCACCUCCCAGUUCCUCCUCGUCGGCUUCACAUACAUCUGCCGCUACCUCCAUCAAAAGCCUUUUUCGCCGCGCUGGUUUUACUCAUCAAACCUCAAAGAUGCCUGAAGACCCGGCUAUUGCUCAUUAUGAAGCCGCCUGGGACAUGGCAAGUACAAAUGAAGAGGCUCAAGAAUUGCAAUGCAUCCCGACAAUUGAUACACAAGAUGUCCCCCCAUCGCCGGUAGAGGAAUCUCACCUUAUAGUACAUCACGACAACAAUACCUUGCUCACCAUUCCAGAGCCUUCGCGCCUUCAAAAGGUGACAUCGCGGCUGUCGCUGAGGGAAAGGAUCACUUUCACCGGCGUCCCUCAUCCCAAGCCAUCACGCAAGAAGCUUUUUAGGUCACCGUCCAUGGGCCAUAGUCCACGACACAGAGACGAUCCAGAUAUUGCAAUACCGGCCAAGUUUGGUGCAGGGCUGAAAUCUCGCCGGCUAGGCACAUCCCUCCCAGCAAACUUCAACGUUGACUCGUGUGAGCUCAGUGACGAGUUUUGCAGUCGACGAAGAAUCCCUGGCAAAAGUGGCAAACAGAUUGGCAAAGGGGCAACAGCCAUAGUACGAACUAUGUAUCGAAAGGGUGGAUCCAAGACUGAUCUAUAUGCCGUCAAAGAAUUCCGGAAAUGCGGACGAAAUGAAGAUAAAGUGGAAUAUGAGGAUAUGGUCAAAUCGGAGUUCAGCAUCGCUAAAAGCCUUCACCAUCCAAAUAUUGUGGAAACCGUUCGUCUUUGCACGCACUCCGGCAGAUGGAAUCAUGUUAUGGAGUUUUGUGAAUACGGAGAACUCUUCUUGCUAAUCAAGCAAGGAUACCUUCGCGAUAUUGAUAAUCUUUGCUUCUUCAAGCAAUUGCUGCGAGGCGUAACAUACUUGCACCAGCAUGGCAUUGCACAUCGUGACAUCAAGCCAGAAAACCUCUUGGUCACAUCAGAAGGACAGCUUAAGAUCACCGACUUUGGUGUCUCAGAAGUCUUCUCUGGAGUACACCCAGGGCUCAGAACUUCUACGCAAACGGAAAGCAAUCAAGAACAAACAAAAGAGAUUCGGAAGUGCUCUCCGGGUAUUUGUGGCAGUAUACCUUAUUCGUCACCGGAGGUUCUUGCUGAAAAUGGCGACUAUGAUCCGCGUGCUCUCGAUGUAUGGUCGUGUGGCAUAGUGUGCUUCACUCUCUUCGUUUGUGGUAGCCCCUGGAAAGCUGCCAAACCUGAAGAUCCUCACUACAGUAAAUUUCUCGCCGGCUGGCACAAGUUCCUCCUUCGGAGCCCAGAUGGUAAAAUCACCGAGACAGAAGCGCCGACAUGUGGUCGAAUCUUCACCACAUUCCCAAAGAAGGGAUUGAACCAACUUGUACUUAAGAUGCUGCACCCAGAUCCUGAGAUCCGUAUUUCGAUCGAAGAUGCCUUGAACGACCGGUGUAUCCAGACCAUUGACUGCUGUAGUCCGGAUAUUGAACACAAAGCUCCUCAGAAAAUCGUUGAAAAGACCGGCAUGCAAUCAGUGUUCGAUGUUGUUAAUAAUGAUAGCCUAAGGAUGGCUCGGAAAAAGGCACAUCGUCAUCUCCCUCCGGAUGGGAAGAAGCGAUUAUGA